UAAAAGUCGAGGUGGUACGCUCCUUGACUCCAGGGCUUGUCAACAUACAGCAGCAAGACCCGUAUAAUACGGUGUAGGCGCACAGACACCUCCGACAACAACCCUGCCGUUUUCGUUGACUAGACCGGUGCGAUUGGAAAGGAUAGGAACAUUGAGGGAUUGUUACUAAGAUCAUUUUUUACCAGAGAAAAGGAAAGUAAUUCCCGGCAAUGGGUUUUAUUCAGGAUCUCCGAGAAGAGUUCAGGGUAAAAAAGUUCGGCCUCAGCCACUCGUCAAACCAGUGUUUUUUCAGAUGCCAGUGGCCUUUUCCGAAAUGUAUUUUCCUCCUGUACCGGAUCAUCGUCGCUUGCUACGCUUUCUUUUGGUUUGUGUUUGUUGUAUCACGAUCUUCCAGGACCACUGGGCGUCAUUUCACCCUCGUGUACCUUACGAUAUGGACUUACAUACUAUUGGUGGUCCAUUUGAUGCUCGCCGCUGCAAUCACAGUGGCGAAUUACGGCCAAUCAUCUUCAAAUCUACCGCGCAAGAAUAUGAAGAAAACCGGCACGGAGCUACAAACCAAUGAAAAGCCGCCACCAAACCUAGUCUUAGGUACAAUCAACUCAUCUUUUUCGGUCAACUCAAACCUUGUAAAGUCAAAUGAGACCGUUGCUAAUGGCGCGUCAUCAUCUGCUGCAAUUUAUGAUCCCCACGGCGCAACUACUGACGUAUCAUUGGUUGAUUUCACCGGAACUGGAUGUCACGUGGACAGAGUCAAAUGGUAUUCAAAGAUGUCAUGGGUUCUGAUGAACAUUAACCAAGUAGCGGCCCCAAUAAUAACAGCCCUGUAUUACGCAAUGCUAUACCCUCUAAAGCAGGAUAAUAGCAAAAACACUGACACUAUCGAAUUUCUAGUGGACAUCCAGUUGCACGCAGUGAACACUUGCUUGGUUGUCCUAGAGUUAUGCCUGGCAGCUUAUCCGGUACGAAUAUUACACUUCACCCACGCCCUCAUAUAUGGUCUUGUCUACCUGGCAUGGUCGGCUAUAUACUGGUCAUUUGACCACCAGAAAAACGUACUAUACCCGGGCGUUCUAGACUGGAACAACCCCACCAGAACAUCGGUAGUUGUAGCUUUAGUCAUCGUUGCCAUGACAACGUUUCAUGUUAUCUUGUGGCUGUUAAGUAGAAUUAAGAUUUCUCUGUACGGAAGGUGUUGUAUGGAGAAUUCUGCCAACUCUUUGUAGACGGAAUGGGUUUUAUUCAUAAUUAUAUUUAUUAUGCACACAGAAAUAUUUAAUUUGAUAUUUUCAAAGGUUGGUGAAACAAAACUUUUGCACGUACGUAUACAGCAUAUACUGGCGGUAGACGGUUCACAUAUGUACAUUUACUCAGUUUAGUCGAGAGGUUAAUUUGUCCUUCUCCUCUUCUGCUAGUUGGCACAAAACAGCUUUUGAAAACUAUAACAUUUUUAUAAUAUUCAUAGAUGCAUUUAUUUGUACAAAGGGGAUACCUUUUGGGGAUACUGAAAUACUUUAUAAUAUCUAUUGUUUGCGUGUAUGAAAAGAAAAUGAGAAUCAGUGGAAGUUUGUAUGCUGCGUUUUUCACCAUGUUCACAAACGUACUGAAAAUUUCAUCAUAGCCAUUAGUAUUUGUAUAAUUUUUAUGACUGCCAUUUAUAUCUCAGGUAUUACACAUAAACUUAUCAGUUGGUCAUAUACUGUAUACACACUGGACAAUAUAGAAGUGUCACCCCCUGAAUCAGAGUAAUCAAAGUUAUAAUGCCUGGUCUACUUAUAAUGUGACUAAUGAGUA